AUGUUAACGACCACCAGUGACGAGAUGGAUGAGCAUGUCAGUUUUCUUCACAAGAACGACCGAGCCUGCGAGAAAGUGACGCAGCCGCAAGAAACCAAAGAAUAUUUUAUAUUUACAGCGUUGAAACACAAUUGGGGGUACCUAGUCGCCGCGCUGUUCAUGUUUACGACCUUGUUCACUGUUUGGCGAUUGGCAGAGCAUAGCGCCACAGGCCAGAGAACCAAGGAUCUUCGAGAAGACGUAUUCACUUCGGACGGCAAAGCGUUUCCGCACGGCUAUCUAAGAUGGGAGCAGCGAUUUGCGCCACUUCCAUGCGGGAAGACGCCUUCCGAGGCUUUGGCGGCCGGGUGCCAUUUUGACAUUGUCGCGACGGCAUGGCUGCCUCCCCGGUGCAUCGACUAUGAGCUGGUCGCCGAGUUCGAAGCUCUAUACGACUGGCAGUACUUUCGCGACCCGAAUGGGACAGAUCCAUAUCCCAAGGAACAUGAUGUCCUGGGUAGCCAGACCGGGACGAUAUGGACCACGGUUCGCUGGCAUUGGGCUCAUUGCUUGUUCAUGUGGAAGAAGCUCAACCGAGCUCUGGUUCAGGCACGGACAGCUGACGCCGAAGUCGUCCAGCUGAAGCAUACCAAUCAUUGCGUCAACCUGAUUUUGCGCAUGGAUAACCCUGAUGCGUUGGGUACCAACGUAGAGAUUAUUUAUCCCCCCUGUUAG